UUCUCUUCCCUGGAGCUUUCGCAAAUGACAAUGAAAAAAAGGCUCACAAUGGUCCCAAUUUCCCACACCAAUCAUCCCUAAAGCUUAAUAAAUAAACCACCACUUCCCCAAGACCCCAAAUUGCUAAAACUUUGCAGGCCUCCAAAACCGGCCGAGGCAUCGCCGGCCCACCGUUAUCAUCUCCCCUAUCCAUAUGAACACGCAAGCUCCCUUUCCGGCAGCAUCAUAGCCGCAAGAUCAAGUGAUCAGACGGCCGUGUCGCAUUCUCUCAUCAACGUCGCUUGUGACCUUAGCUAACCGGUUCCCCGGCAACGCUCUCCCUCUCAGGAAACUAUUUGCUUAAACCGUUGCACCGAAUGGAACCGUCCGAUUGAUGCUCUUCCAUCUGAGAUCGGGAUGCACAAUUUAGAUUAUCGUGAUCCGGGGAGUAGCAUAACAAAUGGAGGGAAAUAUAAUACGAGAGAGUGCAAGCUCCUCGCCGGCCAUCUUUUUUGUCCUAAAUUCGAACAAUAUUGUUCCCGUUCUGACCAUCCUCGUUAUAUAAACCCCGAAACCCCCCCUCCCCCUACUCCUGAUCCGAUCCCAAAAUACCCCCACUCUGCCAUGGGAACUAUCCCUCUUCCCAUCUUCCUCCUUUUCCUCUCCCUCCCUGCAAUGUCGGAAGAAAGAAACCCCCCUGCGUCGCCAGGAAAACUUGCCACGUGCCUCUCCUCCGCCCAGCUCACCAAUUACACGAUCCCCUCCGUCGACCCCACAGAUGCCGCCAUGUCAUCGUAUUACCGUGUAUUAAACUUCUCCAUCCAAAACCUCCGCUUCGCCCGGCCAUCCCUCCCGAAGCCCGCGGCCGUUGUACUCCCGGAUGAUACGUUGCAGCUGCGGAGCACGGUAAUCUGCUGCCGCCGAGCUAAUCUCGGCAUCAGGAUUCGCAGCGGGGGACACAGCUACGAGGGAUUAUCCUACACCGCGGGACACGACACGCCUUUCGUUAUUAUCGAUUUAAUGAACAUGAAUCGGGUCUGGGUCGACCCGGAGAACCGGACCGCAUGGGUCGAAUCGGGCGCGACGCUGGGCGAGACCUACCAUGCCAUCGCCAAGGCGAGCGAUUCGAUCGCCUUCUCCGCCGGGUCCUGCCCCACCGUGGGCAGCGGCGGUCACAUCGCCGGCGGUGGCUUCGGCCUCCUCUCCAGAAAGUACGGCCUCGCGGCCGACAAUGUUCUCGACGCGAUCCUGGUCGACCCGUCCGGCCGAGUUCUGGACCGGAAAUCCAUGGGCGACGACGUCUUCUGGGCCAUCCGAGGCGGGGGCGGGGGCACGUGGGGAGCGGUCUAUGCUUGGAAAAUCCGUCUCCUCCCCGUCCGGAAGCGGGUCACCGCCUUCAUUAUAAACCGGCCGGGGUCGACUCAGGCCGUCGCCGAGUUACUCCACAAAUGGCAGCGAGUCUCUCCGAGUCUACCGGACGAGUUCUACCUCUCUUGCUUCGUCGGCGCCGGUCUACCCGAGCUAGACCGGAUCGGGAUGUCGGCCACGUUCAAGGGCUUCUACCUCGGACCAAAACCGGAGGCGGUCGCGAUUCUGAACCGGCGGUUCGCCGAGUUAAACUUAUCGGAUUCGGAACUUCACGAGAUGAGUUGGAUCGAAUCUGUGGUCUUCUUCUCGGGUCUGCCGAAGGGGAGCUCGGUAUCGGAUCUAAAGAAACGGAUCCUCCACACGAAAACCUUCUUCAAGGCCAAAUCCGAUUACGUGAGGGAGCCGAUCUCAAAGAGAGAUUUAGUCAGAGCCCUCGAUUUGCUAUCAGACGAGCCAAAAGCGUGCCUUAUUCUGGACCCUUACGGUGGGGCGAUGGCCACGAAAGGGAGCGAGGAUCUGCCGUUCCCGCACCGGCGCGGGAAUCUUUAUGCAAUCCAGUAUCUGGUCGAAUGGACGGCAGAUGAUGAUGGGAGGAGGGACGAGUACAUGGAGUGGAUCCGUGGGUUCUACGGGUUCAUGGGGGAAUUUGUGUCGAAGGGGCCGAGGGCGGCGUAUGUGAAUUAUCUGGACCUGGAUUUGGGGAACACCGGAUGGACGGACGGCAGCAAGGGGUACAGCGAUCCGGUGGCUGAGGCGAGGGUAUGGGGGGAGAGGUAUUUCUUGGGGAAUUUUGAUCGGUUGGUACGGGCGAAGACGGCCGUUGAUCCGGAUAACGUUUUCAGAAAUGAACAGAGCAUCCCGCCCUUGGGGUUGGGUUCGGUUUUGGAUAGGGAGGGGAAGGGAACAUGGGAUGAUGAUCAUGGUGUGUGUAGAAUGGUGGGAUGGACAAGCAGUUGUAAAGGAAUUACUUUGUAAAGCCCCACAUUAAAUAGUGUUUCUCUUUGGGAUUUUUUUUUGGGUGAUGUUUGAUCCAUGGAGUUGAUGGUUGAUAGGAGAAAUGUUUAUUGGAGUCAUGCAGGGCUCGUAUACAUUGUGCUCCAAUGAGUCCAUGCCACUGCGGUGAUGUUUAGCAGUCCAAAAAAAAAGAAAUUAUUAUGGUGGUCUUAGAUUACUAGUGAUUUUUAUUCUAAAGUAAA